GCCAACCGGCCUGCCUUUUCCUUUUCCUUCAGGUCAACACCAAAAUGUACCCUCCAGUUGUCAUUUUAAGCCUCCUACUACUUAUGACAGGUGCUGUAGUUUCUCUUCCGCCAGUGAGAGGAGUGGUCGGUCAGCCUGUCACACUGCCCUGCACUUACUCAGUGACUUAUGAGGGGGGAGCUACAACCAUGUGCUGGGGCCGAGGGAUCUGUCCUUCCUCGAAAUGCACAGAUGCAGUUGUCUGGACGGAUGGAUAUCGGGUCACAUUUCAGAAGGCAUUGCGGUAUAAACUGAAGGGGCAGAUUUCACGUGGGAACGUGUCUUUGACCAUAGAGGACACCGUGGAGGCUGACAGUGGCCCUUACUGUUGCCGGAUUGAGCUCAGGGGCUGGUUCAAUGAUGUCAAAUUCAACCUGAUGUUGAACAUUGAGCCAGUCGCUACAUCACCUUCUCCAACUCAGCCAACAGAAACCCAGUCUACCACAGGGCAGGAAACAUGGGCGCAGCCCACCAGCUCCUCGCUGCUUUCUUGUACAACAG